AUGCUUUGCCGCAUCUCUCGGAUCUCAGCUGGCACUCCGGAGAAGAAAGAGGAAAAGCCUGUAGUUCCUGUGCCUAUUCCUCGUACACGGAAACCUACAGCUGAUCAUGUAAAGUUUGGUCUUAAAGAAGCCUCCCUCAUACUUCCAUCUGGAGCCCGUGCCUCCCUCCACUUUGAUCCAAAGAAUACCUCUUUUACAAUUCAUCUGGAUAAGCCUGUAACUGAAAGCUCACUUGACGACUUCCGCAGAGGCAUUGCAAAACACAAAGAGGAAAUUCAAGAACAAUUGUUGAAGGCCUCUAAAACAUCUGAGCUAGAGGAAGCUCGAGAAGUGAAAGAAUGGAUCAUGAAGGAAAUAUUUGUUCCCCAGACGCUGGAAGAAAUUGUUGAAAUAGCCAAUAAAGAUGGCGUCGUUCCGUUUACGGUUUCAGGCAAGUAG